CAGCGUUUUACGUUGACUGAAAAUAAAACGAAAAACUUUUCAAAACGGUCUUUCUCCGUUACUUCAACUCUCUCAGAUUUUCCUCUCAAUCUCUCCAAUGUCGAACUCGGCGGGAUUAACGAUCUUCGACGGUGAUCUUCUUAGAUCCAUCGAUCUCAACUUACCGGAACUCCAAUACGGCGUCACCGGAGCUCAGCUUCUCGAAAUCUCUGAAUCUAAGGUUUCUCAAUCUCUCUCGGGACUCUCACUACCGCCACAUCUCAAAAACGCAGCGAUUUCUCGUGUUUCCGAUGGAGAUGACGUCAAUUUCCGACGAACGGAGUUCAAUCAACAACAAGCUUCUGAGAAACUCGGAGUUUUCUUCUCCGCCGUUGCCGAUGCUCUUAAAGAGACUCCAAUUGUGGUGUCAAUUUUGGAUGGGACUAUGUUGAAGAUGUUUUUGGAGGAUGAAGAUGAUUUUGCAAUGUUGGCAGAGAAUUUGUUCACUGAUUUGGAUGAAGAAGAUAAAGGAAAGCUUUGUAAAAGCGAGAUACGAAAAGCUCUUGUGCAUAUGGGUGUUGAAAUGGGUGUUCCUCCACUCUCAGAAUUUCCCAUCUUAGAUGACAUUGUUAAGAAGCAUGAUGCUGAUGGUGAUGAAGAGCUUGGACAAGCACAAUUUGCACAACUAUUGCAACCAGUUCUACGAGAUAUAGCAGAUGUCCUUCAUGAGAAACCAAUAACCAUUGUCCAGAACGUUGAGAUUUUCACUGGAUCAAGGAUUCAUAAGAUUCUGGGAGACGAGAAGAAACUCAAGUGUCUUGUAGAGAAAACGAUUUUGGAAGAGUCGAACGGAAAAGGAUGGGUAAAGACUUUGAUAAUAAAGAAUGGAAAAGAGUUGGGAUUGCCUCCGUUAUCUUCAGAUAACGAACAAGUGGCUCUUCUCUAUGAGACCAUAUUUUCUCAGUUGAAUAACAAAGAGAAAGAAACCGCUGAUGCUUCUACAAAAGAGGAGUUUAUGGAUGCUCUAAAAGACAUACUCAAGAAAUUUGAGGACCUACUCGAAACCACACCGGUUUAUUCUGCUACCAAUCUCUAGAACCAGCCAUUCAUCUCUCGUUAAAGAGAGAAGAGAGAGAGAGAGCUUGACAUAAUCUCCGAGCUGUAUUAUUGUAUAUCUGAAAAUAUCAGUCACACACACAUUAUCUCUACCACUGAGAUAUGCACAUUAUGCAUUUUGAAGUAUAAAUGGUAUGUAUGAUUAUAUUUAUGAAUACAGCAAUUAGCAUUUGGAACGGCUAAUGUUGAAUAAGAUGAUUUUCAGACUGAUGGAAUUUCAAGAUA